GGUCCGCGCGGCCGGAGCCCGGAGCGCGCCGAGCCGCCACCCCGCCCCCACCCCCCGGGAGCCGCCCCCGCCCCGCCCCCGCCCGGCCCCCGCCCCCUCCCUCCGGACCCCCCGCCGCCGCCGCCGCCGCGGCCCGGCCGCCGGCACCCCGGAGCCGGUACCCGGCGAGCCCCCGCGGGGCUGGCGCGGGAGGUCUUGCGGCGAGCCGCCCCCCCCCGCCCGCGCCCCGGCUCUCCAUGCGAGCCCCGGCCAAAUGGAUGCGGUCGCGAGCGGCAGCCUCAAGCGGAAGUUCGAGGACGUGGACGUGGGCUCUCCCGUCUCCAACUCGGACGAUGAGAUCUCCAACAGCGACAGCGCGGACAGCUGCGACAGCGUCAACCCCCCCAGCUCCGCCGGCUUCAUACCCACUUCCAUCCUGAAGCGGCAGAAGCAGCUGCGCCGCAAGAACGUGCGCUUCGACCAGGUGACCGUGUACUACUUCGCCCGGCGGCAGGGCUUCACCAGCGUGCCCAGCCAGGGCGGCAGCUCCCUGGGCAUGGCCCAGCGCCACAACUCCGUCCGCAGGUACACGCUCUGCGAGUUCGCCCAGGAGCAGGAGGUGAAUCACCGGGAAAUCCUCCGCGAGCACCUCAAGGAGGAGAAGCUCCACGCCAAAAAGAUGAAGCUCACCAAGAACGGCACCGUCGAGUCCGAGGAGGCCGACGGCCUCACGCUGGAGGACGUCUCCGACGACGACAUCGAUGUGGAGAACGUGGAAGUCGACGACUACUUCUUCCUGCAGCCGCUGCCCACCAAACGGCGCCGGGCCCUGCUCCGCGCCUCCGGCGUCCACCGCAUCGACGCCGAGGAGAAGCAGGAGUUGCGGGCCAUCCGCCUGUCGCGGGAGGAGUGCGGCUGCGACUGCCGCCUGUACUGCGAUCCGGAGGCCUGCGCCUGCAGCCAGGCGGGCAUCAAAUGCCAGGUGGAUCGCAUGUCCUUCCCCUGCGGCUGCUCCAGGGACGGCUGCGGGAACAUGGCCGGCCGCAUCGAAUUCAACCCCAUCCGGGUGCGGACUCACUACCUCCACACCAUCAUGAAACUGGAGCUGGAGAACAAGCGCCAGGGCGCGCGGCCCCCGGCCCCGGAGGAGGAGCCCGCGCACGGCUCCGGCAGCGACUGGCUGGGCACGCAGCCUUCGGAGACGCAGGACUUCCAGGAGUUCAUGGCGGAGAACGAGACGGCCGUCAUGCACCUGCAGACGGCGGAGGAGCUGGAGAGGCUCAAGGCCGAGGAAGACUCCAGCAACGGCUCCGGCGUGGAGAGCCUGGGCGUCUGCAUCCUCGAGGAGCCUCUGGCCGUGCCCGAGGGCUUGUGCCCGGGCCUCAGCGCUCCGAUCCUCAUCCAAGCCCAGCUGCCGCCGGGCUCGUCCGUCCUGUGCUUCGCGGACGGCCCGGAGCAGGCGACCGCGGCGGCGGGCGACCAGCCCUACUUGAACAAUGCACCCGUGGUCUACUACCAAGUGGAGCAGCGGGCCGUGCCGGGCGCCAAGGGAGAGGGCGGCGCGGAGGAGCCGGAGGCACCCUCCUCCUACGCGCACGAGAAGGAUCUCGGCGUCAUCUCCGUCCCCGUGGCCUCGCUGGUGACUUGCGGCCGCGCCGCGGCUCCGAGCAAGGGCGAAGCGGCCAAAGUCCCCGCCUCGUCCUCGGAGGCUCCUCCGUCUCCCGAGAGCCGCCGAGCGGCCGCCGCUCCUCCCUUCCGCACAAACUCGCCGUGCCCCGAGCCGGAGCCGGAGCCGGCCCCGGAGCGAGCCCGCGAGCUGCCCCCCGCGGAGGAGCGGGCGCUGGGGCCUGCGCUGGCCGUGUGACCGCCCCGGCGACCCGCGGCGCUCCUUCCUCCGGGGUCUAUUUAUUGACGGUAUUUUACGGAGCGGCACCGGCCGCUCGAGGUUAUUUAAUUGCGGGGGGAGGGGGGAGAGCAGGGCUGCUUUGUACAGACGAUUUUAAACGAAUCCAAGCGCUUGCGGCCGCCUCGCGAGGCCACGGGCGAAGGCGGCUCCUCGUCCUCGAGGCUGGAAGUACCGAGGCGGGAGCUCUCCCCGCGGCCGCCCCGCGCGACGACGUCUCCCAGAAGCAAUAGCGCGAAGCUGCCUCUCGUUCCCGUCCCUCCCGAGCUCCCCGCUCCGCCUUCGCGCGCCGGCGUCUCCGUCCUGCUCCUCGUCCCGGGCGAAGCCGGCAGCAUCCCUGGGGCGCCCGGUCCGCGCUGCCAGCAGCUCCCUCGCCCGGCAGAGCCGCCUGCCCGUGGCUCUGCCGCCGUCGCCUGCCGUCCUCGGCCGCUCUCCGCAUGCCGCCGCUCUCCGAAACGCCCCCGGCCUGGAGCCUCCUGCUUCUCGUGGCAGCUUUUCCCGGCGCGCUCCGUCGUCCUCUGCGCCCGCGCUGCUCCGCCGGCCCCAUCGCCCUGCAGACGGGCUCGCAGCACCACUCACCUUCCUGGUUUGCUUUUCUUUCUUUUUUUUUUAAACAAACGAAGACUUUCUCUCACAUGCUGAAUGUUUCCUGGGCCAUGUCUCAAACCGGCGGCUCCAGCCCCGGCGAGGGUGAGGAUGGCCGGGGAAGCCGAUGGCCGGGGAUGCCGCCCACGGUAGCGAUCUCCGUUUAAUUGCACAAGAGGGGUGAGAACGCGGCCCACAAACUCUUCUAGAAAGCUGCUUUUUUUUACCACCUAGUUGCUUUUAAUAAUAACCCAGUCCUGGCUUGGUCCAGAGCCGGAGGAUCCGUCGCCCUGGAGCUGCAGCCCCGCGCGAGGCCGGUUUCGACGAACUCCACCUUCUCGCCGAGACCGUGGCACAGCCCGGUGCGCGGGGGACAACGGGGCUGCGGCCUCGAGCACCGGCCAAGGCACACGCGGGCUCCAGGCCGCCCCGGUUCCCGUCCUAACAGCGGCGUUGUCCCCGGCCAGGCAGCGGAAGUGCCUCUCCGCCUCCCGGGCGUUCCCAGCGGUUCCUGGAGAGCGACCGCGCCGCCGUCCGCUUCGUCUCCUGCUGAAAGCAGCCGGACCUGGCUGAGUUUCUCUGCGCUGUAUUUUGGGGCAGGACCCAGCGAGAUGGCGCGGCACCUCUGCGGGGAGCAGAACUCCCUUUCCCCCUCGCAAGCGGUUUUGAUCUCGGCCCCACGAGCCUGCGUCACCGCCGGGACGGCACCCGCCGCGGUUUCUGACCUGUUGCCGCAGCCCGUGCCGGAGUCGGGCAGCGCGACGCCGCUCUUGCUCCAGCCUGAGCCGUUCGGCGAGCGGCCCCGGCCUCCCCCGUGGUUACGGACUCGGACUGCGCUCCGCGCAAGCGGAUUUCUCCAUCCGACGGCGCUGGACGGCGAAGGAGAGACGGGAGGAGGGGGGUGACGAGCCCCCGCCGCGCUCGAGGGGAAGCGAAGGUACUGUGCUGUGAAGCUUUUCCUGCUCAAGCCCUUCCCGGCUGCCCCCAGACCCCCCCGCCUUGGGCCUGCGGGGCUGCCGCGGGAGCCCCUGCUCCGACGGGAGAUGUCCCACCGCACCCAGCCCAGAGAACAAGGAAAAAGAAUUGGGGAAAACUGUGCUGAAUAAGUGCUUUAAGUGUCCUGGGUUGGGAUUUUUUCUUUUUUUUUUUUUUUUUUUUUUUUUAAGGCUCUUCUGGUGCUUCUCCAGGGCGGCCUCGCUCUGCGGUCCCGGAGCGCCGGAGCCAGCCGGGCUCUCGCUUUGCUGGGAGGUUUUGAGAGCCCAUUUGCUGUCCCGGCCCUCGCUGCCGCCGCGAGCGGUUACGAUGGGGCCUGGCCUUCCCGGACGGCGUCGGCCCCCGCCGCUCCGUCCCUCCCGCGGACGCCCCGUCCUCCACCGGUGGGUCGCACCGCGGCAGCCGCAGAGGCUAAAGCGCUUGUGUCCCGCUUGUCCUCGCGGCUGCGGCUCGAGCCUGGUGCCUCCGCGCGCCGUCGCCGACCGGGAACGCGGCCUGCACCCGCUCUCCCCACGCAGCUUUCGCUCCUGAGCCUCUCAGCCGGGCUCUUCCUUUGCCCCUUUUUCCUUUCUUCCCGCCUUAACGACACAGCCUCGUCCCUCCCCGCAGCCCGGCGGCGGCAGCCCGGGCCGGGCCGGGACAUAAGGGCUAAAUUCGCACUCGCGGUUUGGUAGGAACAAAGCCGCAGCGGCUGUUCGGCGCCCGCCCCGGCGCCGGGCUCGCGCUGCCGCGGGGACACGGAGCAACUCUGCGCGGCAGCGGAGCGACACAGCAAAUGGCGACACUUGAAUAGGUUUAAGUCUUUGGGGUUUUUUUUUCUCCUUUGUUUUUAAUUAACUCGAAGUUCCCUUCCCAGAUUCGUGUCCCGCCCUCAGACACUACAGAAACACCUGAAGCCAGGUCAGAGCCUCCCGCGAGGGGAGGUGGCUCUCCAGGAAAGCUGAGGCUAGGCUGCUCGCCCCGAAACGACAGAAUGAAUCCUAAGUUGCCGUUUAGGAUGGGUGCUUUCACAAUAAGCAAAGAACUAAUAGGAUUUAUUCUAUUUUUACAAAGAUAACUAUGCUGUUAAUAGUGCAAUGAAAGUGCAUUUCUGCCUUUUUGUUCAUUCGUUUGUUUUCAACAUACUGACACUAAUGCUGGUACCGCACUGGCUCCUCCGAAACGAUUAGCCGUGUAAUAAACCGAACAGCCCAUCUCCCCUUGGUGCUACUGAGCUGGGCCGGGAGCAGUGCUGCUAUCACACGUCCGAAAGCCAGUCGGUCCCUGCUAGUUUCCGAGUUGUCACACUCCGGCACUAGCCUGGCUCCUCGUCCUCUCUGAAUAGUGACUCUGCUACUUCUAACUCCCCCCAUCUCUCACACACACUGUAUACAGGUGGCAUUUUUUUUUUUUCUUUCCAGUGUGAAUCCAAAGCUUGUCAGGUCCUCUGCAUUUUUUUUGGCCUUUUCAGUUCUUUUCAUUGUGAUAAUGCUGUAUUUAAAGAGAAUAUUUAAGUGUAAAAAUAAAGAAAUGCUCAAACUUG